UUGAAGGAGCAGUGAGACGCGGUACUCAUUUACUUUGAACGCUUCAAUUGGUUCUGUAAAAAUCAGAGAAAUGUCACAGGUGGUCUUUGUUGCAGUAAUAGUCAUUUACCUGGGGGUUUUCUACCAUGACGCUGAUGGGAUUUUCAUGCAGAAACUGUCAAAGAAGAAAGUUUGUGCUGAUGAUGAAUGUGUUUAUGCAAUAUCUCUGGCAAAAGCCGAAGAUGAUUACAAUGCGCCAGACUGCAGAUUUGUGAACGUAAAGAAAGGAGAGAUGAUCUUUGUGUAUUCAAAACUACUAAAAGCCCACAAACAUGGUGGAGAGUUCUGGUCUGGAAGUGUUUACAGUGACCAGUACAGGGAUCAGAUGGGACUUAUUGGGUAUUUUCCUAGCAGUCUUGUCACAGAGAUACAUGUGUACCAGAACGCAACUAAAGAGCUACCCACAACUGCUAUUGAUUUCUACUGUGACUGAUACAAGCCGAUUAAAUGGAGCCAGAAGACAUGAAGGCAAAGGAUCAGUCCUAACACUAUUUAAAAAUAUUUUGCAUGUGUAUAGUAGAAGACUAUAAAAGCUGUUUGUCUAGUUUCAUCUAAUAUUGAAGGCUUGUUUUUAUGGUUUUACACAUAUAUCAGUACAGACCAUUUUGUUUUU